CUUAUUGUCACGCGGUAUUACAUCUACUGAAUUAUUAUCAUCCACAUUGUGGUGGCAUGGACCUAAACAUCUUUUACUUAUUGAUACUGAAUGGGAAAAAACCACAAACAUAAAACAAUCUAUUGAGGAACUUCCUGAAUUACUCCCUAAAUCAUUAGCAUUAACAACUGUUGUUAAGACAAAGUUUGAAACAUUUCCGCAAUUAGCAAAAUAUUCAACAUUUAAUCGUAUGCAGCGAAUACUCGCAUAUGUAUUGCGGUUUAUCAAUAAUACUAAGAGUACAACUAAAUACUCUGGUCCUCUUAACUCGUGUGAACUAAAUAACUCAUUAAAUUGUCUUAUAAAAAUCGUGCAAAAUGAAACUUUUUCCAACGAAAUUCAAGCAAUAAAGAAAAAUGGUCAAGUGAAUUCGAAGAGUAACUUGUUAAAUAUGAACCCCUUUAUUGAUGAAAAGGGUAUACUACGCGUCGGAGGGCGUCUUAAAAAAUCGAAUUUUAAUUAUGAAAAAAAGCACCCAGCAUUGCUGCCAAAAGGUCAUAUAUUUUCAGUUUUAAUAGCCCGUCACGAGCACUUACGUUUACUGCAUGUGGGGCCUCAACAACUACUUGCGUCUCUGAGAGAGAAAUUUUGGCCUUUAUCUGGUCGCAAUUUAGCACGAACAAUUGUACAUAACUGUAUGAGGUGUUUCAGAUUUAAAGCCAAUCCUGUUAGGCAUAUCAUGGGUGAGCUACCCACUGAAAGGAUUACGCCUACACGUCCAUUUCUUACUUGUGAAAGAGACUAUGCUGGACCUUUUCUACUAAAGGACAGAACUACUCGAAGUUAUAAAACUGUUAAGGCUUACAUUUGCUUAUUCAUUUGCUUUUCCACUAAGGCUAUUCACUUAGAACUUGUUAGUAGUCUGAGCACGGAUUCUUUUUUGGCAGCCUUAAGGCGUUUUGUAGCAAGAAGAGGCAAAUGUGUCAAAAUAUUUUCAGACAAUGCUACCAACUUCAUAGGAGCAAAUUCUCAAUUAAAGUUUUUCUUAAAAAAUUCACAUCGCGAAUUACAAACUAAGCUUGCUGGGGAAGGUAUAACUUGGAAUUUUAUUCCUCCAAAGGCACCUCACUUCGGAGGCCUGUGGGAGGCCGGAAUAAAGGCCGUUAAAUUUCACAUGCGCCGAGUAAUCGGUGAUACCCCAUUAUGUUUCGAAGAAUUUUGUACAGUUCUAGCACAAAUAGAGUCCUGUCUGAAUUCUCGACCCUUGUAUGCCUUGUCAAGUGACGCCAAUGACCCUUCUCCUUUGACACCCUCGCACUUUCUCAUUGGAGAAACUCUCACUUCAAUACCGGAGCCUGAUUACACCGACCGAGCUAACAAUCAACUGAAGCGAUUUCAACUUCUACAAAAAAUGUUCCAGUCAUUCUGGUCCAGAUGGAACCAAGAAUAUAUUUCUCAACUUCAAACACGAGCCAAGUGGAAGGACACUUACUCCGAUCAAUUGAAACCAAACGUUCUCGUUCUCGUUAAAGGAGAUGGACUCCCUCCCUUAAAAUGGCUGAUAGGAAGAGUCAUCCAAGUGUUCCCUGGUCCUGAUGGUGUUAUCCGAACUGCGACAAUAAAAACAUUGCACGGAAUUUAUAAACGACCUGCAGUCAAGCUGUGCAUCCUUCCGUUACCUCCAGAUCCAGACGAAAGAAGUUAAAAGCCCGAAGGCUUUCAAGAAGGGCGGCUAUGUUGCACCGUUUCUUUUUUG